AUGUCGCCCGCGCCGACAGAGCCAUCGCCGGGCGGCGGGCGGUUGCUCCUGGUGUCCAACCGCCUGCCAAUUACCAUCCGGCGCUCAGAAGGCGGGAAAUAUGAGUUUUCCAUGUCGUCGGGAGGUCUUGUCACCGGUCUCAGCGGGCUUGCAAAGACAACCACCUUCCAAUGGUAUGGGUGGCCCGGUUUGGAGGUUCCUGAAGAUGAGAUCAGCACAGUUAAAAGCAGGUUGAAGGAGGAAUACAAUGCGACCCCAGUGUUCAUUGACGACAAGCUGGCCGACCGGCACUAUAAUGGCUUCUCAAAUUCAAUCCUCUGGCCACUGCUCCACUAUCACCCGGGGGAGAUCGUGUUCGAUGAAUCGGCUUGGGACUCGUAUAAAGAAGCCAACUGGCUGUUUGCGCAGACGAUCGCCAAGGAGGUGCAGGACGGAGACAUGGUCUGGGUGCAUGACUAUCACCUGAUGCUCCUGCCGGAAAUGCUGCGCGGCGAGCUCCGCGCCCAGGGCAAGAAGAACAUCGCCAUCGGCUUCUUCCUGCACACGCCCUUCCCCAGCAGCGAGAUCUACCGGAUUCUGCCCGUCCGCGCGAACCUUCUACGGGGUGUGCUACAUUGCGACUUGAUCGGUUUCCACACCUUCGACUAUGCCCGCCAUUUCCUGAGCAGCUGCUCCCACAUCCUAGGGUUAGUCACGACGCCAAGUAGCGUCCAGUUUGAAGGCCAUUCGGUGGCCGUGGGCGCGUUUCCGAUCGGGAUCGAUCCGGAAAAGUUCAUCGAGGGCUUGAAAAACCCAAAGAUUCAGAGUCGCAUUGCGCAUCUGGAAAACAAGUUCCAGGGCAUGAAGUUGAUGGUCAGCGUCGACCGUCUCGACUACAUUAAGGGGAUCCCGCAGAAACUGCACGCGUUGGAGGUCUUUUUGGCAAACCACCCCGAAUGGGUCGGCAAAGUGGUUCUGGUCCAAGUGGCAGUGCCCAGCCGGCAAGAUGUCGAGGAAUACCAGAACCUGCGGGCGGUGGUCAAUGAGCUGGUGGGACGCAUCAAUGGGCGAUUUGGAACCGUGGAUUAUAUGCCCAUCCAUUUCAUGCACAAGUCCGUCAGCUUCGAUGAGCUCCUCGCUCUGUAUGCUGUCUCCGACGCGUGCGUCGUCUCGUCCACUCGAGAUGGUAUGAACUUGGUCUCCUUUGAAUACAUUGCUAGUCAGCAAAAGCGGCAGGGUGUUUUGGUGCUGUCAGAAUUCGCCGGUGCUGCGCAAAGCUUGAACGGCAGCUUGGUCGUGAAUCCAUGGAACACGGAGGACCUAGCGAACGCGUACCUCGAGGCCGUCUCCAUGGAUCCGGAGCAGCGGGCGGCCAAGUACCAGAAACUCUGGAAAUACAUUUCCAAGUAUACCAGUUCUUUCUGGGGACAAUCCUUUGUGGCCGAACUAUCUCGCUGUACGCCACGAGAGUAA